GCAAACCAGCCAAGUUGCCUCCCAGCCCUCUGCAGAACUCUGUUGGUAAAGGACUUUGGCUUCCCAGGAGACUUGCAGCUGCUGAAAAAAAAAAGAAAUGGAGAGGUCCCUAGACCUUACUUUUAACCACUGUUUGUUUGCGCUGUUCCUCUCUGUUUACUUGAGCCCCUUGAGCCUUGCUCAAUAUGAACAUUCGCCAGACCAACCCAGUCAGGCCACUCAUGCUCCCAAAAUCCAGGUGCGGUUGGUUGGGACCAAGAAGAAACACAAUGAAGGGCGGGUAGAAGUCUUCUACAAUGGGGAAUGGGGCACCGUAUGUGAUGAUGAUUUCUCCAUCAGUGCUGCCAAUGUGGUCUGCAGGCAGCUGGGCUACCAAGAAGCUGUAUCCUGGAUCCCCAGUUCCAAAUAUGGCAAAGGAGACGGCAGAAUCUGGUUGGACAAUGUCUACUGUACAGGCAAAGAGGCUACGCUGGCCGAAUGUACCUCCAACGGUUGGGGUGUAUCAGACUGCAAACACACUGAGGACGUGGGCGUGGUCUGCAGCGAGAGGAGAAUCCCAGGCUUCAAGUUUGAUGACUCCGAAGUCAACCAAGUAAAGAAUAUGAAUAUCCAUGUGGAAGAUACCAGAAUCCAAGCCAUCCUAGGUUCCUCCCGCAAGCGUUUGCCCGUUACAGAAGGGUAUGUGGAAAUAAAAGAAGGAGGCGUCUGGAAACAGAUCUGUGACAUAAACUGGACCACAAAAAAUUCCAGAGUCAUCUGUGGCAUGUUUGGGUUUCCAAGCGAGAAGAAAUACAACAUCAAUAUCUACAAGUUGACUUCAAGCCGAAAGAAGCACAGAUACUGGGCUUACUCUGUAGACUGCAAAGGCACCGAGUCUCAUAUCUCCAGCUGUAAACUAGGCAAUCGCAUCAGUUCGGCUGCGGGGGGAAACAUUACAUGUGUGAAUGGGAUGCCUGCUGUGGUGAGCUGUGUCCCUGGUCCUGCCUUUGCCCGCACCAACUUCCACAGUGGCUUCCGCAAACCUCCUCAGCAAAAGCAACCACUGGUGAGGCUAAAGAGUGGAGCCAAGACAGGAGAAGGUCGUGUUGAAGUGCUAAUGAACAGGGAAUGGGGAACCAUCUGCCAUGACCGGUGGACCCUCAAUGAAGCCAAUGUUGUCUGCCGAGAGCUGGGCUUUGGAAGUGCCCUAGAAGCUAUUCCUGGUGCAAGGUUUGGACAAGGAAUGGGCUCCAUUCAUCUUAAUGAAGUAGAAUGCUUGGGUCAUGAAAAGUCCAUCACAGACUGCAAAUUCACCACUGACACACAGAGAUGCAACCAUGAAGAAGAUGCUAGUGUGAGGUGCAAUGUCCCAGCCAUGGGUUUCGAGAACCAGAUACGUUUGAGUGGUGGCCGUAUACCCUCAGAAGGCCGCGUAGAAGUCCUCCGGCACUACAAUGGCACUCUUAAAUGGGGGACAGUCUGUAGCGAAGACUGGGGUACCUUGGAAGCUAUGGUGGUUUGCCGCCAGCUGAACCUUGGCUAUGCUGAACAUGCUUUUCAGGAAACCUGGUAUUGGCCGGGGGAUGAAAGUGCUGACCAAGUUGUCAUGAGUGGGGUGAAGUGUUCGGGGACGGAAAUGACUCUUUCACAUUGUCGACAUCACAAGCAUGUCAACUGUCUCAGAGGAGGGGGGCGCUACGCGGCUGGUGUUUCCUGCACAGAGGCUGCUGCUGACAUCCUUAUCAAUCCCAAGGAGGUGGAGCGCACAUCAUACCUUGAAGACCGUCCAAUGUACAUGCUGCAGUGUGCACUUGAGGAGAACUGCCUGGCCUCCUCGGCUGUAAACACAUCUGUCGCCACUGGUUCCAGGAGGCUGCUGCGUUUCUCCUCUCAGAUCCACAACAUCGGGCAGGCAGACUUCCGCCCUAGACAUGGCCGCCAUGCCUGGAUUUGGCACGAAUGUCACAGGCAUUACCACAGCAUGGAGGUAUUCACACAUUAUGAUCUGCUAGAUAUCAAUGGCACGAAGGUUGCUGAAGGAAACAAGGCUAGUUUUUGCCUGGAAGACAGUGACUGUGUACCUGGCAUCCAGAGGCAGUAUGGGUGUUACAAUUUUGGGGAGCAAGGUAUAACCGUUGGGUGCUAUGAUGUGUAUCGCCAUGAUAUUGACUGCCAGUGGAUUGAUGUUACAGAUGUUCCACCAGGAAUAUACCUCUUCCAGGUCCAUGUCAACCCACGCCACGACGUUGCAGAGAGUGAUCAUUCCAACAACAAGAUGAAAUGCCAGUGCAGCUUAAACAAUCAACGUGUCUGGUUGUUCAACUGCCACAUAGCUGACUCCUUCAGUGAAGAAGUGGAAAAGAACUUUGAUCACUUCCAAGGACUAAUGACCAACCAGCUGCCCACUCGAUAAAGAGAAACCGUUAACUUCAGCCCCAUUAUUUAAGGAAAAAGGACUACCUUUUGAUUUCCCAAACCACUGCACCAAAACCUAAAGUACUCAUGCAACCAUCCAUGAACUUUCAAAUUAGCUUUGCAAGUUAUUUUCAAGAGUGUCCUCCAUACUUACUUUAUGGUCUUCUGCAGCAGGAGAAAUAGGGUUGGUUUUUAUUUCACAUUCAUUCCAGCAAAAGGAAGGUUUUGCACUAAGCUGUCUAGUUUCCCCAAGAACUUGUGUCCCCUUGGUGUGUACUCUAAUUUAUUCACAAGGAAUCGUUUGUAAUUCUCGUGCCAUAUCCGUUCAGAAAAAAAAGCGGCAAUACCUGCCCAAGAGCCCACUUUGGGGGAUCAGACGCUGGCAAUUUUUGAGGGAAUUGCUCUCACACAGCAACUAUCUGUAUGUCCUGUCUCACUAAAGAUUUGAAAAGGUGACUCUAUACCACUGAUGCAGAACAGACAUUUCUGCAGUUCUCAUGACACACAGAGGUCUCAGGAACACUCUUCAUUUCCAAUGGUCAGCAGUCGAUUUCUUGGCACCAUCCCUUUUCUGAUAGCAUACUUUACAGCUGGCUUCAAUGCACUAAGAAGCAAAAACAUCUAUCAAGUUAUUCUUUAUAUUUUUGGUUUUGGGUGCCACUAGACUGUGAAUUGUUCUUUACCCAAUAAGCUGUUCACUUGCGUGUCUUUGACUUGCAUUCCCCAGUACUCUGAUCUGUACCCGUAACGUCCCCACAUCCUCCCUAUCCAUAAGAAACAUCCAUAAGAACACUGCAUCAUCAAAUGUAGUCUGUAAAGAUAAUUAAUUUAUUGGUCUUUUGCCAGGAGAGUCCUCCUUACUAUCCUGUGAUUUUUUUCAAUCACAGUUGCACACAUUGGUAAAUACAUAAUGGUGCUAAGGCCGACCCCCUCAAUGCCUCUCUUUGCUUGAGGUUUUGCAUGCACAAGGCUACAGAGGCCAUACACACCUACUUGAAUAGUCCAUCCAGUGGUGCGAUUCAGCAGGUUCGCACCUCUUCGGCAGAACCGGUUGUUAAAAUGGUGCUUGUAAACAACCAGAUGUUAAAUUAUUUAAAUCCCACCACCGGAGCCGGUUGUUAAAUUAUUUGAAUCCCACCACUGAGUCCAUGGGUGCAUUCUGUAAACUUCCAGUAAAUGGAGACAGGCUAAAGCCUUGAAGCCAGAAUUCAGAGACAAGAACCACAUUAGAAUUGCCUUGCUGGACCCAAUCAAGAUCUGUCUAGUCCAAAAACAGCCAUCCAGCUGAUGCCGGUUGUCCUGAAAACAGGACAUGAAGGUGACGGUGUUGCUCCCCAUCGUAGGUUGACUACGUCCAUGCGCAUAGGUUCUGAUAUCUUUGCUUCCAGCCCUAUUUGUUUUGCUUGUAUCAGUGAAGGAACUAAAAAGGGACCUAUCCAGCCUAGACAGAGUUUACAAAGAUUCUUUUAGGCUUUGUGUUUUCCACAGAAACCUUUCCCUGCUUUCUCUUCCAGUUUGAGUCUUCCCAAGCGAAGGACUAAGCACAAACCCUUGGUGGUGUCAACCGGGUGGCGUUGUGCCUGGCAAUCACUGUAGCAGGUUCACAGCCUCUCUGUUAGUGAAUUUCUCAGAGCAAUCUAGCUUCUUACCUCCUUCAUUCUUGUGUGUGAAAUGGGGACAAGUAGACGAGGGAAAUUAGUUCAGGUAUAAAGAUAAAAAGGUACGAAGGGACAGAACAGAGCAUACUGCAUGGUAAAAUAUUUCGUACAUGAUUAGAAAUUACACUUAGCCACUGUGAUUUUCAAAAAUGCACAAUGAUCUCCCAGUAUCUGGUCUGUUUUUUGUCAUGUGUAACCUACUUCACAGAGGUGCUGUGAAGGGGGCCAAUUCAGAUGACCGUGCUUGGAUAAGACACUGAUUUCCUCCAGCUAGAGGAGGGCAUCCAACUCAUGCACCAGGAACCCAAACGAACUCCUCCAUACAUUGCCACCACACAACACCAACCACUGCUACUAGUGGUGCACACCUCUGAAAGGCAGAGCAGAGACCUAGUUUAGUGGCAACAGUGGCUCUACUGUGGCUGGGCUGGUGAGAACCAAUGGCAGCAUCCCUUUGUGUUAGGAGAAUGGCACUAGUGCAUCACAGUGGUCACUGCAUUUCCCAUCAUCUGCCACUUUGGAAACAUGAAAGCAGAGCUUUGAUACUCCUUAGCUGAGAAAAGCAGGGUAUAAAUCCAAAUUCUUCUUCUUUUGUCUGAUGCCUGAUAAGAGCUCCAGCAACUCGUAUGAACAAUUCUGUUAUACAUGUUCUUCUGCAGUCAUGGCACUGAAAGAAUCAUGGGCUGGAAGCUACUAUGUCGCCAACACUUUUCAUGUGACCAGCAAUACUAAAUGAUAUAGGGGAACUGAUCAACUGCAGGAGCUUCAACAGUAAAGGAGCGGCACAAAAUCGAUUUCAAUCCAGGAGCCCCAACAUGGCACCUGUGGCCAUUAUGCUGCCUGCUAGCACCUCUCCCGAUGCCUGCCACCUGUUUCUAGAAAGUGGGCAGAAACAGAUGGGGGAAUUUGCUCAGCAAGGUUUAUUUACUAGCCAAUGGAGAUUUCAUUGGCUGUGCAGAUUUCAAAAAGACUGCUUUGGUAGCACUGUAUGACUGAAGGCAAGCUGCAGCAGCCGUUUUGUGAAUGGGUUUAUAUCCUGCAGAGGCUACCUUAUGAAGGUCAUUUGGUGGCUGCAUCCACCACACUGUAUAAGAAUUUCAAAGGUGCUUGCCCAUUCAAAAAGUUGGGGACCCUUGGUUCAAUCCAUAAACCCACUUAAGCACAUUUGCCUUCCCACACAGCUUGAUUAAUGUCAAGGGGAUCAGACUGCCCUGCCACUUCCAGAUGGGGAAUUCAUACAGGCCAUAAUGAAUUUAGGCCUUCAACAAAAUACCAAUGCAAGAGUUCAGCAAAGUGUAUAUUUGUGCCGUGUAAAACUGAAAUGUUAAAUACAUGCCAGGCAAAGAGGAUUCCAAAAGCCACUCAACAUCCAUACCUGAUCAGCAAUAACAACUUUAUUUUGAAAUGAAACAAAAAAAACCUUUACAAACUUCAGUAAAGAAGAUACCGAGUCUUUCAAAUGUG